GAUUAAAGAGAGAGAGAGAGAGAGAGAGAGAGAUCCAGAGAUAUGCUGAGUGCAUGAAAGCAACGGGAAAGCAAUCGAAUUGAGCGCUGCAUGCUGAGCCGAUACGGGGACGGAGAGCCACGAGAAGGCUGCUGAAGUCAAGAGUGGUGACAUCACUUUAAGUUGGCAGACAUCACAGGAUUUGGGCUCACCUACGGCAUAUUAUCUCAUAAUAUACUUUUCGUUUUUCACCUGGCUGAUCAAGUGAUUUGCACAAGGAAGUAUGGGCGUGGACCUGGAGGGGAUUAUCCAGUGCAUCAAGCAGGGGGAUGAGAACGGGGUCGAGGUGCAGCUGCAGGAGUUCAACAAAGAGUUUGCCCAGUGCUUCUUCUUUGAUUCAGAGGAGAGUGAGCGAAGGAAACAAAUCAAACUGGAGCAGUUCAGAAUUAACAAAGUGAGGGAAUACGAUGAUUCUGACUCCGACUGCGACCAGUCCGCCCGGGAGGACCGAGGCCUCGUCCUCCGACAGAAUUUGACUCUUGUCCUGGUGAGGUUCAUCCGAACGGGAGCGACACGUCGCCUGCUGAGAGUUUCUCUCCGAACCCUGAGAAUCCUCUCCAGGGACAAGAAGGUGCUGGGCCCCUUGGUGACGGACGCCGCUCUCCUGACGCUGGCCAAACUAGCCGGGCUGACCACGGGCGACGCCGGAGGCGAGGAACCCGGCGAGCCGGACUCUGAUUUCUACGACGACGUCAUCGCCUCUCUGGCCGAGGCCAAAGCGUCGCGUUCUCUGGCCGACGAGGACGAAGGCGACGUCGAAGCCGACGACGACGCCGAGAGCGACGUCGGCGACGAUCGGGACGGCUUCGACCGUCCCGACGGCCGCGGGACCGGCAGCAACGGGAUGCAGGGGGGCAGCAGGCACCACGAGGCGCUGGAAAGAGGCCGGAGGGACCGCAGAAAGAGCAAGAUGGAGGGGGAGGAAGAGGAGCAAGGGGAGGAGGAGGAGGGGGGAGAGGAGGCGCAGAGAAGAGAGGCCUUGAAGGUGCUGUGUAACGUGGUCUACAACAGCACCUGGGCACAGGAGAGGUUCAGUGAGCUCAGGCUCAUGGGGGGCCUCACGGAGCGCCUCUCCUCCAGCGUGAGCGGCUCAUCUCCCUCCAGUGUUCAGUUCUAUGAACUACGCCUCAUGUUCCUCGUCACUGCACUCCGGAGAGAGCUCAGCACUCAGCUCCAACAGGAGGGAGGGGUGUCCAUCUUCACAGCCGCUCUGGAGAGCUGUCUGGAGGUCCAGUGGAAGGACCAGUAUGAGUGUGUGCUGGACCCAGCAGCUCCGCCCAUCUCACUGGAGGCCUCUCAGCGGAUCAUAGAGAUCCUCAAAAUCUUCUUCAACAUCACCUGCAGAAGCCACAGGCAGGAGCCCCGUGAGGAUGACGCAGCUCUCUACCGCCACCUGGUGGCGAUCCUGCGUCUCUGCCUGAUAAGGAAGUGUUUGCUUUCGGAUGACACUGAUGAACUGCAGGGCCACACAGUCAACCUGUUGUCGGCGCUGCCGCUCCAGUGCCUCGACGUGCUGCUGACGGUCCCCCCGCGGCCCGACUCGGAGCCGGGCCCGGGGGUCAACCUGGACUGCGUCCGCAUCCUGGUGCUGUUCAUGGAGAGACACCUGGAGACGGGUGAAAAGAUGAAAGAGAAGCUGACGCCCAUCCUCAAUCUGCUGACCGAGAGCUGCAGGGCCCACAGAGAAACACGCCAUUACAUCAGGAAACACAUCCUGCCUCCUCUGAGAGACACGACCCUCCGACCGGAGGAGGGCUCCACGGUGAAGAGCCGCCUGAUCCGCCUCAUGACCCACCUGGACACCGACCUCAAGCACUGCGCCGCCGACCUCAUCUUCGUCCUCUGCAAAGAAAACGUGAGCCGCUUCGUCAAGUACACAGGCUACGGCAACGCGGCGGGCCUGCUGGCCACCAGGGGGCUUUUGGGAGGCCAGAGGUCGAGACUCAGCUCUGACGUCCGGUACUCCAGCGACUCGGACUCAGACACCGAGGAGUAUCGACGAGUCAAAGAUCGCAUCAACCCGGUGACGGGGCGGGUGGAGGCGGAGCAGCCGGACCCCAUGGAGGGCAUGACGGAGGAGGAGAAGGAGGAGGAGGCCAAGGGGCUCGUCAUGCUCUUCAACAAGCUGUCCAGAGAUAACAUUAUCCAGCCGAUGGCCGUAGAUUCAGAGGGGAAGCUGGUCCCGAUGACGGGACUGGGGGGUAAUUCCACCGAGGAGGUGAAGUCUGAGUCUGAGAACGACGGCGAGGAAGAGGAAGGAGAGAAGAACUGAACCACGUCAAAUCCCUUCAUUUAAAGUCUUGAUUUUCUUUGUAAAUGUCCCAUUUCUUACAUUUGACGGUACACACAUAUGUGUCCAUGUGUAUGGAAACAAUGUUCAACUCAAGAAAGGAUAUAUAUGGAUAUCUCUUUUUUCUCUUCUCUGUAUUCAGACUCAUAAUAUAGAGCAGCAAUGAGGUCACUCUGGUAGGAGCUGAAAUGAUAGUGGAGUCGAAGAAGGAACUGAUUUCAUCAUAUUUUCCAACAUUUUAAUAAAGUCUUGGAGGUGUA